AUGGAGGGUACUCAAGGCUAUGAAAUCAAUCAUCAAACACAACUCCAUACGAAGCUUGCAUUAUUGGAGACUGACGUGUUUAUUGAAAUUCUUUCAAGAACAUCAUUAAAGACAUUGCAUAUUAUACGUUGCACAAAGCGUCAUUUUGUUCCGUCGUCUGGUGCGAAGAAUUUUGACAUUGGUUGUCUACCAAAAGCAUUUACAAUUUUAGCAACUGCGUUGAACAAACUCAUUUUUGGUGAAUGUGAUAAUGCAGAUGAAUACCCAAAUAAGUUUUUGUUUGUUUGUAAGCCAACGACUUUAGAUGCCAAAUCAUUAUCUUUUUCAAUUUAUAAGUACAUUGCGGUUAAGUUUGCUAUGGUGGUUACGCGUUCGAACCCAUUGCAUUUCAAGAUUAUUCUUUUAUCAUAUGCAGAGCCAUCUGACUUGACAAACGAUCAUGGCUAUGAAAACUUCCAAGUAGAAUUAUUUCACUCCACUACUUGGGAAUGGAGGGACCUAGGAGCAUUGAAGUGGAGAUGGGAAUUGGAUCCAUCUGGGACAUAUCCGGUUUCAUCUUUGAGGAACUAUAUUGACUCAACCAUCCUACCUUGUUCUGAUGAGAAGUGGCAGUGGAAUCCAUUAAUCAUUGGGAAAUUGAAUAUCCUAGCAUGGAGAAUUAGUUAUGGGAGACUCCCAACAAUAGUCAAUUUAUCAAAAAUUGGCAUCACGCAAUCCAACCUUUGCAAAAUCUGUGGUGUGGCUCCAGAAACUGAAAAUCAUUUGUUUAUAGAAUGUGGGACAGCAAAGGACCUUUGGCAAAGAAUAGCUGGAUGGUGGCGAUUGAUGGAUCCAAAUGUCCAAGCGAUUAAAGAUCUCCUUAACUGCAAGAGCGUACUGAAAGGUCACAAGAGGCUGGAAAUCAUUCACGAAGGUAUCAUGUUAGUAUUCCUAUGGGUAAUUUGGAACUUCCGGAACUUGAAGGCUCACUCCUCAGGUGCUAAAUCUCUCUCGGUGCUGGCUUAUGAGGUACAAUCUAUGUCCGCGUUCUGGAUUAAUGCGAGGAAUAGAAAGGGUGUAUCCCUUAGGUGGCUUGAUUGGUGUUGCGAUCCUAUUCGGGAAUGUUAUGCUAAUAUGUAG